AUGGAGUAUGAUUCCACAAAUCACCCGUUACACCAAAACACCUCGAAACUAUACAAAGUGUUUAAUGAGAAUCCUGUAAUUAAAACAGACUUGUUGAUGCUUAAAGACAAUUACAUCAACGAUGUCAAACUUUUGAGAAUGGCGAACCGAAAUGAAAAAACAUUCUGCUUUAAUGAUUCAAACAUCAAAACCAUUUUACUUGAAGAGGAAAUAUGUCAAACUACACAAUCAAAUUUAAAAAAAGACUUAAUAUUACAACACAUUGACUGUUUUGAUAUUUUUGGAAACGAUGAAGAGUGUGUUGACACACCACAAGAUUUGGAGUCUUAUUCAGAACAACAUACAAAAUGUGAUACACUUUCUCCACAAAUGCGACAGCUCUUUGAAAAAUUCUUUAAACUUCCAAAAGACAAAAAAGUCGAUCAAGAAAUCAAACAAGCGACAAAACCCACUCUACGAGUGACCAAACCAAAGUGUAUAUCAAGAACAAUAAAAUCGAAAUCCAAAAAGAACACAUUUGAUAUAUACAAAAAAGCCAAAAGUGUAUAUUAA